UGGCAACAUUUGAUAGAUAAAUAUGAGCGAGUUAAAAAUACUGAUGACUCGGAAUAUUCACUGGGCUAUCACUACUUGCUUUUGUCACUUUCAACAAGCUGGAAACAUCCAGAUAAAUUAUUAGACAUUGUCAUUGGUAAUAUUGACAAUUUGCAAGAUGAAAUUUUCAUGAAAACAACUGAAUUUUUAGGAAUAAAUAAAGAUGAUGAAGAUGGUGAUAAUAGUACAUAUGUUUUUGAUAAAACUGUUGAAAUAAUAUUUAAAUUAUUAAUUGAAAGAGAACAAGACUUUGCUAUAUUUGAGAUGAUUAUAUUUAAAAAUAUAUUCAGUGAAUAUUUACAAUCAUCAUUGCUUUGUUAUCAUGUUUUACAGCUGUGUUACAACACGACAAGUGAAAAAUUAUUGAUUGAUCAUAUUGGAUAUUUUUUAAAUACAUAUGAAGCCUUGGAAUCACGAGAAACUAAUUGUCUGAGUUUCGUAAUUAUUGGCAGAUUAAUUAUUGAUAUUUAUGAAAUUUUAUCUGAAGAAAAUAAAUCAGCUGUUAAGUGUAGAAAAAAAAAUAGUUUAAUGUUGUUGCUGAGAGAAACAAAAGGUGAUAGAAAUUCCAAUCAAAUUGUAAAUUUAGCUAAAAUAAUUGAGGCUGAACCAGCUAAUUGUUUUCCAAUGGUUAUUGCUGAUUUAAAACGACAACCGUCAAUUAAAAAUUGGAAUCGUCUUAAAAGCUCAUUGAUUCUUUUGGGUAUUCAAAAAGAUAAAAAAAGCCAGAUGUUGAUGAAUAAUUUAUUGGAGGUGAUGGAAGGUGUUGAGAAUGCAUUGAAAUAUUUUCCUGAUUGCCUUGAAAGAGACAUGGUAAUUGAGGUGCUUGUGUUGCUUCUUGACUGUGUUGAUUACGAGCAGAAUGGCAAAUAUUUCGACUGGAAAUUAGCAGUGAAUGAAGCUACAUCACUUGCUCAGCUUAUAUGUGUUUUGUUGGAGAAUAAAUGUCAAUGGGUGCUUCAAGAAGCCCUUGAAAUGUUUAAUAACAUUGUUGAACAUUCAACAAAUGAAAAAUUAAUAAACGACAUAUCUACUGUUAUAAAUCGUCGAUCUAAUAUUCGAGAAAUUGUACAUGCUUAUUUACAAGAAAGAAAAAUUCAUAAAUUUACAUCUGAUUUUCCUUCGUUUUCUCAUUAUUUGUGUGCAUUGUCGAAACAUUCAUCGAAACUUUCAUUGCAACAUCAUUGUCAAAAGAAAUAUGAAUUUAUUGUGCCAGAAGAAAAAAUACAAAAAUUAAGUGAUAAUGAUUAUGAUGAGAAAGCUGAUGAAUUCUGA